AUGACGCACUCUAUUGGCACCUCGGCACGUAAAAGCGGUGCAUUCAAAAUUGGGUAUACAAAAUUGGGUCGAAUCGGUCGCCGCGAGCGACGGGAUGCGGACGGAUUGGCGGGGCGGGCGGCCAAGCGUCGGCGACGUGCCUUACUCGCUUUUGUGUGUGCACUGGGCGCAGUGCAAGGGCGACCUUUCGCGUGCGGGCUUUGCCCGGCGGCGUUCGGCCGCCGCCCCUACCUGGACAUUCACAUGCGCACGCAUACAGGCGAGCGGCCCUAUCAGUGCGACGCGUGUCUCAAGCGCUUCACGCAGAAAUCCAGCCUCAAUAUACAUAAGAGGACGCACACAGUCCAGGGCAGACCGUUCCAGUGCCUGUCGUGCCCCGCCGCCUUCACCUGCAAGCAAUACCUGGAGAUACACACGCGCACGCACACCGGCGAGCGCCCGUAUCAGUGCGACAUCUGCCUCAAACGCUUCACUCAGAAAUCCAGUCUCAACAUUCACAAGCGGACUCAUUCAGUGCAGGGCCGCCCGUUCCAGUGCCUGCAGUGCCCCGCCGCUUUCACUUGCAAGCAGUACUUGGAGAUCCACAACCGCACGCAUACCGGGGAGCGGCCUUACCAGUGUGACGUAUGCCUCAAGAGAUUCGCGCAAAAAUCUACACUCAAUAUACACAAAAGAACGCACACAGGUGAACGCCCGUACGCUUGUGAUAUUUGUCAGAAAAGGUUUGCUGUAAAAAGCUAUGUAACAGCGCACAGAUGGUCUCACGUGGCGGAUAAGCCGUUGAACUGCGACCGGUGCUCGAUGACGUUCACAUCCAAGUCCCAGUUCGCGCUGCAUAUCCGCACCCACUCGUCCGGCUCAUGCUACGAGUGCAGCGUGUGUGGACGAUCCUUCGUGAGGGAUAGCUAUCUAAUAAGACACCACAACCGUGUCCACCGCGAGAACCACAGCAACGUGUCAGCAAACAGCAUGGGGACAUCGAUCGCUACCAACACCAACAACUCAAAUAACGGCGGCUUCGACUCGCCGGGCGUUUGUGACUUAAGCUUUGUACCAAUGGUAAAUCGCUACAUGACAUCCCAGGGAACGCAAGUGUCCAUGCAAGACACGAGCAAAAUGUCAGCGAUGUCACCUCAGUCAAUCGCAUCUAUUUCAUCGCCCCCUCCCUCGCAUACUCCUACGCCCCAACCGCAGAUGUCUGGUCAGUUACAUCUUGCAGAUUGA